UUUCUUUCUUUUUUUUAAAAUAUAUAUAUAUAUAUAUAACUAGAAUGCCUCUUGGUCUUUCACAUGUUGUACUCAACGCACCUUCCCUAGAGGAACUAAACAAAGCUGUAGCAUUUUAUAAUAAUCUUGGUUUCCAAACCCUUUCACCUACAAAGGAAGGCGAUGUUUGGCUCAAACUUCCGGCCAAGUGCUCGCAAAAUGCUACUGACCUCACCCUCCGUAUUCUUAUCUCCACUGUCGAUUUGUCUCCAAGACCAACGCUUGAAGAAGACUGGUCAAGGCUGUCGGGCGGGCUAGUCCUUUUAUCGAAUGAUUUGGAAAAACGAAAAUCACAUCUGAACAGUAUCGACGCAAAAUAUCAAGAGUACGCCGAAGACGGUGAACUGUACACCCUUGACCCACUCAACAACGUGAUUGUGUUUACCGAUCGACCAGCACUUCCCAAUUUGCUGGAUCUGCCUCAAAUUGACAGCAACUCAUCCAAAAAAGAUCAUGCUGUACCACGAAAAAUUGCCGUUCUUACCUCUGGAGGUGAUGCAGCAGGCAUGAACGCUAGUGUGCGAGCCGUUGUCCGAUAUGGUAUUUCAAAGGGAUGUCAUGUAUACGGUGUGUAUGAAGGUUACCAGGGUCUUGUUGAUGGUGGUGAUCGUAUCCGUCGUAUGGACUGGAAGAGUGUACGAGGAUGGUUGUCAGUCGGUGGCACAAGUAUUGGUACUGCACGUUGCAUGCCAUUCAAGACUCGUGAAGGUCGUCUUAGAGCUGCCGAGAAUCUUGUUCAUCACGGCAUUGAUUCGCUGAUUGUUUGUGGAGGUGAUGGUUCUUUAACUGGUGCAGACGUAUUCAGAUCCGAGUGGCCAGGUCUGCUUGAUGAACUCAAAAAGGCCAACAGAAUUACAGAAGAAGAUGCCACAACUUACGGUCAUUUGACAAUUGUCGGUCUGGUGGGUUCGAUUGACAACGACAUGGCUGGAACAGACAUUACUAUUGGUGCUGUUACAUCACUGCACCGUAUUUGUGAGAGCGUGGACUCGAUUGGAACGACUGCCUUGUCUCACUCGCGUGCAUUCGUUAUCGAAGUCAUGGGCCGUCACUGCGGCUGGUUGGCUCUCAUGGCUGGUAUUGCCACCGGUGCUGAUUUUGUCUUUAUUCCUGAGCGUCCUCCAAUGGAAGACGACUGGGAAUCGACCAUGUGUGCCGUUGCUCAUCGUCAUCGUAUGCUUGGCAAGCGCAAGACCGUAAUUAUUGUGGCCGAAGGUGCAAUCGACAAGUCUCUCAAGCCAAUCAGACCAGAAUACAUCAAAGACAUCUUGACUGACCGUCUUGGUCUCGACACCAGAGUCACCACUCUUGGCCACACCCAACGUGGUGGAUCUCCAGCCGCAUUUGAUCGUAUUCUCGCGACUAUCCAAGGCGUAGCCUCUGUGGAUGCCGUCUUACGCUCUACUCCCGAGACACCAUCACCUUUAAUCGGAAUGACAAGCAAUAAAGUAACGUGUGGGCCAUUGAUGAAAGCCGUCGAGCUUACUCACGAGGUGGCAAAGGCUAUCGGAGAAAAGAACUUUGCGCGUGCCAUGGAAUUGCGUGAUCCUCAGUUUGCCGAAGAAUUCAACGCCUACACUGCUAGCACAAUUUUGGACGACGAGUCAGACCUGUUGCCGGCACACUUGCGUUUGCGCAUUGGUAUUGUCCAUAUGGGUGCGCCUGCUGGUGGUAUGAAUGCUGCCACUCGUACUGCUGUUCGCUAUGCUCUCAACCGGGGCCACACUCCAUUUGCAAUUUUUAAUGGCUUCCCUGGUUUGGUACAUGGAUCUAUUGAAGAGCUUACAUGGAUUGGCGUUGAUGGCUGGAUUUCUCAUGGUGGAUCUGAAUUGGGUACAAACCGUGCUGUCCCGGGUGAAGAUGUCGACAUGGGAAUGGUUGCAUAUCAGCUCCAGAAAUUCAACAUCCAGGCUCUCAUGAUCGUAGGUGGCUUCGAAGCUUUCUCGGGUUUGAUCAAGUUGAAUGAAGCUCGUGAAAAGUACCCUUCGCUUUGUAUUCCAAUCGGUCUCAUCCCUGCCACUGUUUCCAACAAUGUACCCGGCACAGACUUCUCACUUGGCUCUGAUACUUCGCUCAACUCAAUUAUCAAUGCAUGCGACUCUAUUAUGCAGUCUGCACGUUCUUCACGCCGACGUGUAUUUGUGGUUGAGGUUCAAGGCGGAAUGUCUGGUUACUUGGCCGUUGAGGGCGGCCUUGCUACGGGUGCUAACACUGUGUAUAUCCCUGAAGAAGGUAUCAAACUUGAGCGUCUCCAGUCGGAUGUUCGUCACCUCAUGGCACUCUACCUCGAUGAUGACGCUGACAAAUCUGAGGGUCGUAUUAUCUUGCGUAACGAAAAGGCCUCAAAGACUUACACUACGGAUGUAAUCAGUAAUAUUCUCAAAGAUGAGGGACGUGGUCUCUUUGAUUCCCGUACAGCUGUCUUGGGUCACAUCCAACAGGGUAAUACCCCAUCACCCAUGGACCGUAUCCAUGCCACACGCCUUGCAAUGCGUUGUAUCGAUUUUAUUGAACAGCACACAGGUGCUGCACUUGAAAAGGCUCAUCUUUUGGUGGCUGUGGUUGGUUUGACUGGUGCAGAAGUUCAUUUCCCCUCUGUUAAAGAGCUAGUGCCAAAAGCAGAUCUUGCUAAUCGUAAACCAAACAAGGCAUGGUGGUUUGAACAUAGAGAUCUUGUUGAUCUUCUUUCGGGCCGUGGACUUUUUACUCCAGAAGCUCAAGAAUCUCUCAAACAACAGUAAAGCUAAAUAAAUAAAGUGAUUAAAUAGAGCAAAAAAGAGACAAUAGAGAAUGUUAACCAAAAAAAAUAAACUCAUUAAAUAUAUUUUACCUUGCCUUGCUUAUUUUUCUU